CGCCUCGUCGGUCCGCGUGUGCCUGGCCCGGCGCCCCCUUUCCUCUGCGGCCAUGACUGCGCCGCCACCCCAGCCCCCGUCGCCGGGCCCGAAUCCCGCCGCCGACUCGGCCACCGACCCGGGCCCCAGUCCCGGCGCCCUGGUCGUCCUGUUCGGGGCCACGGCCGGUGCGCUGGGGUCGGACCUCGGCUCCGAUGAGACCGACCUGAUCCUUCUGGUCUGGCAAGUGGUGGAGCCGCGGAGCCGCCAGGUGGGGACGCUGCACAAGUCGCUGGUUCGCGCCGAGGCGGCCGCCCUGAGCCCGCAGUGCCGGGAGGCGAGCGGCCUGAGCGCCGACAGCCUGGCGCAGGCCGAGCCGCUGGACAAGGUGCUGCAGCAGUUCUCACAGCUGGUGAGCAGGGAUGUGGCUCUGCUGGGCGGGGGCUCCUACACGCUCUGCACGGACGGGCAGCAGCUGCUGCGACAGGUCCUGCACCCCGAGGCUUCCAGGAAGAACUUGGUGCUCCCCGACACCUUCUUCUCCUUCUACGACCUCCGCAGAGAGUUUCAUGCCCAGCACCCAGGCACCUGCCCUGCUAGGGACCUCACCGUGGGCGCCAUGGCACAGGACUUGGGGCUAGAGACAGAUGCCACUGAGGAUGACUUUGGGGUCUGGGAAGUGAAGACAAUGGUAGCUGUCAUUCUCCACCUACUUGAAGCCCCCAGUGGUCAACUGUUCUCGACGCCUGAAGUGAUCAAGCAGAAGUAUGAGACAGGCCCUUGCAGCAAGUCCGACGUGGUGGACAGCGAGACGGUGGUCCGGGCCCGCGGGUUGCCCUGGCAGUCAUCAGAUCAGGACGUGGCCCGGUUCUUCAAAGGACUCAACAUUGCCAGGGGUGGGGUAGCACUGUGCCUCAAUGCCCAGGGCCGCAGGAACGGCGAGGCCCUCAUCCGCUUUGUGGACAGCGAGCAGCGGGACCUAGCACUGCAGAGGCACAAGCACCACAUGGGUGUCCGCUACAUCGAGGUAUAUAAAGCGACGGGAGAGGAGUUUGUCAAGAUUGCGGGGGGUACAUCGCUAGAAGUGGCUCGUUUCCUGUCACGGGAAGACCAGGUGAUCCUCCGACUGCGAGGACUCCCCUUCUCUGCAGGGCCAGCAGACGUGCUUAGCUUCCUGGGGCCAGAGUGCCCUGUGACUGGGGGUGCCGACGGGCUGCUCUUUGUACGCCACCCCGAUGGCCGACCCACUGGCGACGCCUUUGCCCUGUUUGCCUGUGAGGAGCUAGCACAGGCCGCCCUGGGCAGGCACAAGGGCAUGCUGGGUAAGCGGUACAUCGAACUCUUCCGGAGCACGGCUGCCGAGGUGCAACAGGUCCUGAACCGCUACGCCUCCAGCCCACUCCUUCCCACCCUGACGCCGCCGCUGCUCCCCAUCCCCUUCCCGCUGCCAGCCGGAACCGGGAGGGACUGUGUCCGCCUCCGAGGCCUGCCCUACACAGCCACCAUCGAGGACAUCCUGAGCUUCAUGGGCGAGGCUGCGGCCGACAUCCGGCCCCAUGGGGUGCACAUGGUGCUCAACCAGCAGGGCCGGCCCUCGGGAGAUGCCUUUAUUCAAAUGACGUCAGCAGAGCGGGCCCUAGCCGCCACUCAGCGCUGCCAUAAGAAAGUGAUGAAGGAGCGCUACGUGGAGGUGGUCCCCUGCUCCACAGAGGAGAUGAGCCGCGUGCUGAUGGGGGGCGCCUUGGGCCGCAGUGGCAUGUCCCCCCCACCCUGCAAGUUGCCCUGCCUCUCUCCGCCCACCUAUGCCACCUUCCAGGCCACCCCAACGCUCAUUUCUACGGACACAGCAGCUCUGUACCCCUCUCCGGCACUGCUCCCGGCUACCAGGGUGCCUGCUGCCCCCACCCCUGUUGCCUACUACCCGGGAGCAGCCACUCAGCUCUACAUGAACUACACUGCGUACUAUCCCAGCCCCCCUGUUUCCCCCACCACUGUGGGCUACCUCACUACGCCCUCUGCCGCCCUGGCCUCUGCUCCUGCCUCAGUGCUGUCCCAGCCGGGAGCCCUGGUCCGGAUGCAGGGAGUCCCAUACACGGCCGGUAUGAAAGAUCUGCUCAGCGUCUUCCAGGCUUACCAGCUAGCCCCCGAUGAUUACACCAGUCUGAUGCCUGUUGGUGACCCAUCUCGCACUGUGCUACAAGCCCCCAAAGAAUGGGUGUGUUUGUAGGUGAGAUAGCUAGGAGGUAAGAAUUGGCUGAUGUCCUCAGCUAACUUCUCUCCUGCAUCGAGGACCAGUGACCCAGUGGCUUUUAUCUGGCUUGUCGAAGCUCUCAGAAGGCACCGAGGAGUCUCAGCUCCAGCCCCCAUCUACUAUUCUGCCUGUUCACCUAAACAUGAUGGCUGACCCUGCAGGAAUGCAGGGUUGGGGUGGAAUGGUGUGAUUCUACUCCCAAUGGCUUGAUCUGGGCCUCCUGAAUGGCACCAGAGAAACUUUGGUCUGUUCUGGCGAUUGCCAUGCCCAUGGAUUCAGUGAGGAUAGCAGGUCCACAGCACUUCUUUUCUUUUGAAAAAUGUAAGCCCUGGUACCCUCAAUGUAUGAUUCCUGGGGGCUUCUGAGUAAAGAUCCUGAUCUGCUUUUCCCUGUCCCUUCUGGCAAGGGGAAGGAGGCAGAGCACUGGCUUCAGCUUCCGGGAUACUCAGACCUCAGGAGACAUGUUGUGCCAAGGCUGGUUCUAUCAAACUCCCUCCAGCUUCUCACAAGGACUAUCAGAGGGCAAAAAACCAGUAUUUGAUGAACUGGGCUGCAGUAUCUCCAAGGGACACUAGGGGGCAGGAGGCCCCCACACAAAAACUCAGGCUUGAAUUUUAAAGGGGACCUUCUGCCUAAUUUUCAUAUACACCUUGGACAGGCCAAUUGUCCUAAACUCAGCAGACAUUGUGGAAUAUCCUUUGCACCUGUUAGAGGUGUAAAACUAAAGCUUUGGAAAUAUUUUGGAACUUUCCUGUAAAAUAAAGGUUUCUAACCAAGUGGAUACAUACAUAUAUAUAUAUAUAUAUCUAUCUAUGUGUGUAUACUGUGUAUGUGGGCUGGAGCGAUAGCACAGCGGGUAGGGCGUUUGCCUUGCACGAGGCUGACCCCGGUUCGAUUCCUCCACCCCUCUCGGAGAGCCUGGCAAGCUACCCGUGAUAUAUUCUAUAUGCCAAACACAGUAACAAGAAGUCUCACAAUAGAGAUGUUACUGGUGCCCACUUGAGCAAAUCGAUGAACAAUGGGAGGAUAGUGCUACAGUGCUACUGUGUGUGUAUGAAUAUAAUACAUGAACACAAACAUUUUUUGGCAACACCCUGUGGUGCUCGGGGGGAGGGGGGAUGAUAUGGGGUGCCAGGGAUCAAACUUGGGUUGGCCACAUGCAAAGCAAAUGUCCUACCACUGUGCUAUCAUUUCAGCCCCUCCAGUGAGUAUUUUAAAAGCUGAAGUGGUCUUCGCUUUGGUCCCCAGGGCAAGGGGUUCCACACCAAUCCCAGGCGGACGAAAGUUCAGGCAGAUUUCAACAAUACUGUUCACCUGUUAAC